AUGCUUCACGCCCUCCGGCUCCUCAGCGCCACGGGCGCCCUCCUCGCCUCCGCCCAAGCCACGCAGUACUACGUUGACUGCUCCGCUGCCUCCGCCGGCGCAGGCACUCUUGCAAGCCCCUGGAACAGCCUCGCGCAAGCCAACACGCCCGUCUUCGCGCCCGGCGACGUGCUCGCCCUCAAGUCCGGCACGCAGUGCGACGGCGUGCUCUCGCCGCAGGGCGUGGGCACGGCCGGCGCGCCGAUCCUCAUCACGCGGUACGCCGCCGGCGCGCGCCCCGUCAUCAACGCCCACGGCGCCGCCGCCGCCGCCGUCACCCUCAGCAACCAGGACCACUGGACCAUUGCCAACCUCAGCGUGACCAACCCGUCCAGCUCGCUCGCCGCGCGGCAGGGCAUCCACGUCACGGCCAGCGACGGGCAGACGCACACGGGCAUCACGAUUGACGGCAACGAGGUGCACCACGUCGCCGGCCAGACCAACAAGGCGACGCACGCCGCCGACUUUGUGCUCUCGGCGGGCAUCCUGGUCGACGUCGGCAGCGCGCCGGGUAGUCGCUACGACGGCGUGCUCAUCCGCGGCAACACCGUGUCCGACUGCGGCGGCGGCGGCAUCAAGGUGCGCGUGGGCACGCUCGCCAACCGCGGCGCGCAGGCCCGCGUGACGCGCAACACGAUCCGCGCGUGCGGCGGCGACGGCGUCAUCGUGUCCUUCAGCGACACGCCGCUCAUCGACUACAACACGGCCGCCGACCUCGGCACCGGCGCGUACCCGUGGACCGGCGGCAACUUUGCCGGCAUGUGGGUGCUCGGCGACCACAACCCGACGCUCCGCCACAACGUCGUCACCGGCAGCAUCAUGUCGGCGUUUGACAGCGAGGCUUUUGACUGCGACUGGGGCAACACGGGCACCUGCACCGUCGAGUACAACUUCAGCAGGGACAAUGCCGGCGGCGCCUUUCUCAACUGCGACGGCUGCGGCACCUCGGGCGGCGCGAACCAGGUCGUUCGGUACAACGUCUUUCAGAACGACUGCCGCAUCUACAGCAACGGCAACAAGCCGACGCUGUACUUUUACCAAAACGUCAUGUACUGCGACAGGGCCGCGUUUGAUCUGACGCUGCCUCCCAACACGCAGAUGAUGAACAACAUCUUUGUUGGAAACGGGCAGUCGUCGCUUCCGGCGCGCAGCGGCAUCAGCUGGAUGUGGAACGUGUUUCACAAUGUCAGUCGGCCAACGAACAACGGGAUCCAAGGAGAUCCGAUUUUUGUAAAUCCAGGCUCUGGAGAGGACAGCUUGGAAUCCGCGGCCGGAUAUCGCCUGCAGGCGAGCUCGCCGGCGUUGCUCAACGGCCAAGUCAUUGCGAACAAUGGCGGCGUCGACUUUUUCGGGAACCCUGUGUCGCAGUCCACAAAGCCGAAUAGGGGAGCGUACAAUGGCCCGGGUAUUUGA